UUGUCAUUAUAUAAGAUGCAAAAGGAAACACACAAGCAUAGUUACAACUAUUAAGAUGGAUCCAUUGGGUUUGGUACCCCAUGUUAUCAUCUUCCCUUUCCCUGCACAUGGUCAUGUUAACUCCAUGCUUAAACUAGCACACCUUCUUUCUCUUUCCAACUUCCACAUCAUCUUUCUUGUCACCGUCGACACACAUGACCGCCUCCUCAGUCACACAGAUGUACUAUCCCGAUUUGGUAGCGAAUUCCAGUUGCAAGCACUCCCCCAUGAGAUUUCUAUGGAUGUGGUGAAUACUCGUGAUGGAAUAUCGAUGCUAUACGAUUCUCUAAACACAUUUGCCAAACCAUUUCUUAGAGAAUUCAUAGCGAAUUCUACCGUGACAUGUCUCAUCGCCGACGGAAUCUUAAGCAUGGCGGCUGACGUAGCCCAAGAAAUCAACUUGCCUAUCAUCUAUUUCCGCACCGUCAGUGCUUGUUCCUUCUGGUCCUACUUUUGCAUCCCUGACCUAAUUCAAGCUGGACAACUUCCCCUCAAAGGAAAUGCAAUGGACUUGACAUUGAUGAAGGUAAAAGGCAUGGAAGAUUUUCUGAGAGGUCGAGACCUUCCAAGCUUUUGUCGGGCGAGUGACUUAACUAGUCCGGAUAUCAGGAUAGUAAUGACUGAGACGCGACAAACCCCUCGAGCACGAGGGCUCAUACUUAACACAUUUGAAGAUCUUGAAGGGCCCAUACUUUCUCAUAUUCGAACUGUUUGUCCAAAUGUUUACACAAUUGGAGCAGUUCAUGCCCUUUUAAAGGCUAGACUUGCAACAAAAUCUACCUCUUCAAACAGUUUGUGGCAAGAAGAUGAAAGUUACUUGUGUUGGCUUGACACGCAGCCACCAAAAUCUGUGAUAUAUGUUAGUUUUGGAAGUGUUGCAGGGCUGACUAAAGAUGAGUUGUUAGAAUUUUGGUAUGGUCUAGUGAAUAGUGAGCAAAAGUUCUUGUGGGUGAUGAGGCCAGACUUGCUAAUAGGACAAGAGAAAAAAUAUGAGAUUCCUAUAGAGUUGGAUCAGGGUACAAAGGCAAGGGGCUACAUGGCUGAUUGGGUUCCACAAGAAAAGGUGUUGGCACAUAGAGCAAUUGGGGGUUUCCUGACUCACUCCGGGUGGAAUUCCACAUUGGAGAGUAUAGUUGAAGGUGUACCUAUGAUUUGCUGGCCAAGAUUUGCUGAUCAACAAAUCAAUAGUAGAUUUGUUGGAGGGGUUUGGAAGAUGGGACUGGACAUAAAAGAUACAUGUGACAGAGACAUCAUUGCAAAAUCAAUUAGAGAUCUGAUGGAGAAGAGAAAUGGUGAAUUCUCGCAAACAACAAAGCACAUGGCAACUUUGGCAAAAAGAGCUGUCAAUGAAGGUGGGUCGUCAUACGUUAAUCUCGACCGUCUUAUACAGGACAUAAGAUCUAUGAUUCCUUCGUUCAAACAGGACUGAUCCAAGCUUUUGUUAGCUGGGAUUAAAUUGUUGCCUAGACAUUGCAGAUUUAUUCUGAAUAACCUUAGCAACAAAUAUAUCUUCACUUUUACAACUGCAGUCUUUUGCAAGUAGCUCUGCAGUAAUAAAUAAACUAAGCUUUACCAAUGGGGAGGAUCAAUUGUUUAAGAAAAAUAAAGAUAU